AUGGACAGACAUGUCCAGAUUCUACCACUUCUCUGUGCAGUGUGCCGUCUCACUCUGGCCUUCCCCACCCAAACACCAUCUGCAUAUGAUGACGUCCAGUCCCUCCAGGUGAACAUCCCCCAAUCAGAUCCGGUUUUUGCCCCACUGGGCAGCUCCAUCUCCAUCCCCUGCUUCGUGUCUCUGUCCUCCACACCUACCACUUCCUCCUCUUCCCCGGUCGAACCGCGGGUCAAGUGGACUGUGGUGUCUGGUGGGGUGGAGACGCAGAUCUUGGUGGCGCGGGGUCAAAGGGUGAAGGUCAAUGAAGCGUACAUAGAUCGUGCGGCAUUGCUCAACCACACAUCUUCCCCAGAUGACCUGUCACUCUGGCUGGGAGAUUUGCGCUCCAGUGACUCGGGUCACUAUCGCUGCGAGGUACAGCAGGGCCUGGAGGACGCCAGUGACCUCGUACAACUCAAAGUCAAAGGUGUUGUAUUUCACUACAGAGAUGCUUUGGGCCGGUAUGCGUUUUCCUUCCAUCAGGCCCAGAGGGCUUGUGAGGCCAUCGGGGCAGAAAUCGCCACCGCUGACCAGCUGCUGGCGGCUUAUUAUGACGGAUAUGAGCAGUGUGAUGCAGGCUGGCUGGCAGACCAGUCUGUCAGAUACCCAAUCCAAGUGCCCCGUGAAGGUUGCUAUGGAGACAUGGAUGGGCAACCAGGAGUGAGAAACUACGGGACAAUGGACCCAGAUGAUCUUUUUGAUGUUUAUUGUUACGUGGAACAAAUUGAUGGAGAGGUGUUCCACGACCCCGUCCCACAGCAGCUGUCAUUUGAUGAAGCACAGGCAUACUGCAGAGCUGCAGGGGCAGAGCUGGCUACAACAGCACAGCUGUACUUGGCAUGGAGUGAAGGUCUGGACCGUUGCAGCCCUGGCUGGCUGUCUGAUGGCAGUGUGCGUUAUCCCAUCAUAACCCCCAGAGAGCGCUGCGGAGGCCCUCAGACAGGUGUCAAAACCCUUUACCGCUUCAGCAACCAAACUGGCUUCCCAGAGCCGUCCAGCCUUCAUGACGUUUAUUGUUUGAAAGAUAACAGAAUUGCUCCCACUGACUCUCCUAUGGACUACAUGGCCACAGAGCCUGAAGACUUUGGACAAGAUGUAGUUAUUCUUACGGAACCAGAUCAAGAGCUGAAACUGAACCAACAUGCUGAGCAAGUGGAGCGAGAGGCUCAAAGUGCGCUUGAAUCUUUUCCCUUUGUCUCCCAAUCUUCCACUGAGGAAAACCUGGUUGACACACACUCAACAGUAAUAUCAGACACAACAGAGUCUCCUCUCAACACCACAUCCACAUCGGACUACCUAAAACUGUUUAAUGAAACUUCAUCUCCUUCAGAAAUGAGCUCUCACUCCCAGAAUCCUGCAGCACUGUGGAACAGCACCAGCAGCACAGAAACCUACAAUUUCUCACAAAACACAUCAUUACUGCCCAGUGUUUACAAUGAGACAGAUUCCCACCAGAACUUGAACUUCACCUUUCACCAAUUUGAAUUUGAAAACACCACAGGGUUUCCUGAACCAUCAUAUGAACCUCACACACAUAACCAGACAACACCAGACACAAACCCUGAAGAGUUUACGCAACCAUCUGAGAGGCCGAAGGAUUCUCCAGAAAUACAAGAGCCCAACUUUGGUUUAAACAGAUCACAGGCCAAUUACAGCAUUACAGAGAGCAACUAUACUCAAGAGGAGAAUAUCCUGGAGGCAACCUCAAUGACUCCUGACAACAUGCUCCAGGUGAAGAUGGAAGAGGCAACAGUAGCAGAGCCUUGGCAGAUGUCAAACAUGACUCAGUCACCAAGAGAAGAAGGAGAGCUUCUUACACAAACUACCCAAGCUCCCACCAAAAACCUAACUUCACUGUGGCUCCCUCUUGAUGGAUCUGGAGAUAGUUCUCAAGAGAGUGACCUUGACGUUGAAGUGGUCAGCUUCAUCUCAACAUCAGAUUAUUCCACUUCCAGCUUCACCACUCAUCCAUCACUUUCCGCUAUAGCUAGCAGCGCUCCAGCUGACACUCAGACUGUACUCCCAGAUCCAACGUCUUCAUCCGGGUCACAAAAUAUUGACAAUCUGGGCUUCGAUAUCCUCUCCACAGCACCACAAUUAUGGGAGUCUUCCAUUUCUAAACAGGAAGGAAGUACAAGCUUAGAAACUGAGGACACAGUCACCACAGAAAGUGAGGAAAAACGGCUGCACCCGACAAAGGCUGAAGAAAACCUUGUUUCUGGAGUAAGUUUAGCUACCACUGAGUCUCCAGAGGAGUUCAACACCUCUCAGUUGCCUCCUGAUUCCACCACAGCACAGUAUCAGACAUCAUCAUACCGAGUGUAUUUAAAUACUGUGACCACUGCUUAUGAAGAGGCAAGUGGACAAGAGCCUGGUACAGUUGCUGCAAUCCUUGGAGAAGAAAUUGAAGUUGUUCCAACCCUUGAAGAGGAUGUUACAGUUAGCCGAGUCCCUGAAGAGGAAGUUAAAGUUUCCCCAACAAUUGAAGAGGCUAAAGUAUCCUUUUCACUGGAACAGGAAGUUAAAGUUUCCCCAGCCCCUGAAGGGGACAUUAUAGUUACCCCAAACCUUGAGGAUGAAGUUAAAGUUGCACCAACUUUGCCCCAAGAAGAAGCCGAAGUUUCUUUUUCACCGGAAGAGGAAGCUACAGUUUUCCCAACUUAUGAAGAAGAAACUAGUGUUGCUCCAUUGGUUGAAGAAGAAGCUGACAUUGCCCCAGUACUUGAAGAAGAAGCUCACAUUGCUCCAACCCUUGAAGAAGCUACUGUUUCCCUGACUCUUGAAGAAGCAAAUGUUGCGCCAACUCUUGAAGAAGCUAAAGUCUCCCCAACCCUUGAAGAAAAAGCUGUUUCCCCAACCAUAGAAGAAGAAGCUAACAUUUCCCCAACCCUUGAAGUAGAAGCUAACGUCACCCCAACCCUUGAAGAAGAAGCUUACAUUGCUCCAACCAUUGAAGAAGAAGGUAGUGUCGCCCCAACCCUUGAAGAAAAAGCUAAUGUUUCCCCACCCUUAGAAGAAGAAGCUAACAUUGCCUCAGCCUUAGAGGAAGAGGCUUCCAUUGCCUCAGCUGUUGAGGAGGAAUUUACCAUCUUUCCUCUUGAUUCUCAAACAUCUAACUGGGCUCUGCUGACCACCACAACUGGACCCCAAGAAUCUCUGAAUGAUCUUGAGUACAGCAGAAAAACCUCCUCCAUCACCUCCACAGCAGCUUUAGAUGCCUCCUUAAGUACAAAACCCACUGCUGAUACCACAAAGACAACUACCGCCACCAUCACAACCACCACACACUGGUCCAGACGCAGCUGGAGCCCGACAACCUCAACAGCAAGUGUUCACCACAAGACGACAGAGCCCCAGAAGGUGAUGCACCUCAUACCACCAGUGGAUCAGGGUCUGGUGGAUGUUGAGUUUAGUCUCACCCAGCCGCCCACUCUGCUUAUCUUGCCCAAUGAGAGGGCAGCUGUAGGCGGUACAGGGAAAGCUUCAGAUGCCUGUUUGGACGACCCCUGUUUAAAUGGAGGCACCUGCACAGACCGAGAUGGGCAGAUUAAAUGUCUCUGUUUGCCAACGUAUGGAGGAGACUUCUGUCAAACCGACUUGGAGCAAUGUGAACCCGGCUGGGACAAGUUUCACGGUUUCUGUUACCGACACUUCAGCCAGCGUCUGAGCUGGGAGGUCGCAGAGCAGCACUGUCGCAUGCAGGGAGCUCACCUGGUGUCCAUCAUGACCCCUGAGGAACAGAAUUACAUCAACAGCAACUACAAAGAAUACCAGUGGACUGGUCUGAACGAUAAGACCAUCGAGGAUGAUUUCCGUUGGUCUGAUGGCAACCCACUGCUGUAUGAGAACUGGUACAGAGGGCAGCCGGACAGCUAUUUUCUCUCUGGAGAAGACUGUGUGGUGAUGGUGUGGCACGAUGAUGGACGCUGGAGUGAUGUGCCCUGCAACUAUCACCUGGCCUACACCUGCAAGAAAGGCACCUCCUCAUGUGGUCCACCACCAAAGGUCCGAAAUGCCUCCAUAUUCGGAAAAACUCGACAGAGAUAUGAAACUAAUGCAGUUGUACGUUAUCGUUGUGCCGCGGGUUUCCAGCAGAGACUAAAUCCUCUGAUCAGGUGUCUGUCUGGAGGCAUGUGGGAGAGGCCCCAAAUUCUGUGCUUCCCUGAGGCUGGAGGUUCCACCCAGCACCCUGAGGUGACAUCACUGACCAACAACAACAACUUUGCAGCAGGUGAAGACGAAUUUGAAGCCACUAAGGAGACACCACAGUACUGGGACAUCAAGUUUUAAAAAACAGCCAUGCUUUCCUUGUCUUGUUUUCUUAAACUCUGCUGUUGUAACAUGACAAGGUGUAAAGAACCGAGUGCUUUUACCAAUGAAUGCUCAAACAGGACAAAAUGAACCACAAAAACAUAGAAAACACAGAACUGAAGCUCCACUUUGCCAAGGAGCCUGAGUGCACACAAAGGCUCUAGUUUCUUCUGACAGAGACACUGUUUACUUAAAAAACAUUCCUAUUUUUUGAUGUCCUUUAAAACACUUUCUAAUGUAAGUUCUAAGGAGAUUUUUAAGGGUUAAUGCAGUGAGUGGUGGAGCUAAAAAGAGGUUUAGGUAAAGUGAUUACCCGAUGAGUCCUUUUCACUAGAAAGAAAUACAGUAAAUUACUAUGCCAGCUCCAAAUCUACAUUAAUAGCUAUUCUAUUUGUGGUUUUACAUCAAGAACCUUUUUAUGAAAUGGUGCUAAUGUCUUCAAGACCGUUCUAUCCAACAGAGAUUUUUGUUUUCAGUGUAAUGUAGGAAUACAGAUAUUUUCCUGCUUUUCAAAGAAACCUACAACUCCAAAGCACAAAGUCAACCAUAACAAAUAGUCAAUAAAUACUGUACAUAUAUUAGUUUUCACACCUGUGAUUGCUGUCCGCAUUUUUCCAAGAGAAACCUUUGA